ACAGAAUGACGAAGAACAAAGAGAAAUACGUGAUGGAAUCGAAAGACUUUCUGAAUUCAACCUUCGAGGUCAGACAUUGGUCGAUGAAAAUGUAGCACAUUUCAUUGUCAAAAGCCAGCAUGAUCUUUCUCAAAGAUGUGAAACAUUAUUUUGUUGAAAUGCAAUCAAUAUUGGCCAGCAAACCGAUUAAACGUAACGCAAGUGUACGGUACAAACACAACCAACAAGUCACGCAAGCCCUGCAAGAUAUUGGAAAGGUUGUGGAGAGCGUGACAGAUCCGUCAUUUUGCUCAAUUGAAAGUCUAAAUGACAUCAGGUGCGGAUUUGUCAAUCGUUUUGAGAUCGUGACUCGAAAUUCCCAGAAACAACCUUGCGUGACUUGUCAAGAACGCAUUGAUGUUCAAAUCCAAGAUGGCGAUGGCAUUAAUGUAGAGAAGGAAGUGAGUCAAAGUGAUACUGGGAAAUACACCGUGACGUACCGAGCAGAAAAAACAUGUGAUUACACAAUCUAUGUAAGAAUUGGUGGACAAAAGAUCAAGAACUCACCACAGACUGUGAAAACGCGUGAUGUCAGAGACGAGUUGAAACCUGUGAAAACCUUUGGAGAGAAAGGAAGUGCAAGGGGACAUUUAAAUCGUCCCCAGUCACUAGCAGUAAGUGAUAGAGGAGAGGUAGCCAUUGCUGAGUAUGCUAAGCAUCGUAUUGUAAUAUUCAGUACUGAUGGGGAAUAUUUGCGACAUUUUGGUGACAAAGAUAAUGACUAUGGCAACGGACGAUUACAGGAGUUUGACUUGAAUGGUACCUACUGUAGAACUAUUUACAAACAGCUAGAUGUUGAAUUAUCUGGAAUGUGUUCAGCACAUGAAAGCAUUGCAGUUUGUUAUAGAAUCCAAUACAGAUCUCAGUCAGGAAUAAAAGUAUUCAAUACACAAUCUGGUGAAAUAAUGCAAGAAAUUCCUUUUGUUAACAAUAAUAAUGUACCUUGUUACAUUACUCAUGGCAACGGUAAAUACUUUGUAUCAAAUACAAAUAGACACUCUAUCAGUGUUUAUGAUAAUAGCGGUGGAUUUCUCUACAAGUGUGGAGAGCUGGAAGGAAAAAGAGAUGGACAGUUCAACGAUCCAUGUGGUCUUGCUGUCAUAAGUGAUGUAAUCCUUGUUUGUGAUGCUGAUAACCACCAUGUUCAGAUGCUGAAUCAAGACGGUCAGUUCAUAAGGUCCUUUGGUGGCCGUGGUUCAGGUCUUGGUCAAAUGAAUUUCCCAGUAGAUAUCACUGUUGCACCAGAUGGUCGAGUUUUUGUACUUGAAUUUUCUAAUAGCCGUGUUCAUGUGUGGCGAUAGAAAUAUUGUAAAUAAUAAAUACUUUUCUACCGACUUAAGUUACUACACACAAUUUCAAAAAUGGCAAAGUAGAUGAAGUUGAUUUGAAAACAUUAUUGUAUCAGCUAGAACAGUUUAUCACUUUAAAUCAAUAUUUUCGUCUUCCAUUUGACAUUUGUUUGUACAGUGCGUUUUUUUAAUGUUUGCGUUCUUUGACCAAUGUACUUGAAAAUUACACAGGCAGCCCAAACAGUAUACUUGCAAGCAGUAUCUCUCUAACAGUAUCUUGUUGAUUAAGUAAUGGUCCGAGUAAGGAAGCAGGCAAGCAAACGGCAAUGGAAUGCAUGGAUGUGCUAAUUGUGUAUUGUAUAGUCCAUCCAUCUCAUUGGUUAAAACAUUAACAUUUGACAUAAUUUUCAAAAGUAAUCGCAUUUUUUAACAUUUUAUUUAAUAUCGGAUUCCGACUUUAUAAAAGCCUUCCUUAGCUUUAGUAUUAAUAGAAAUUCUAUGUGGGGAACAUAGCAAAUUAGAAUCAUUUUUUGGCUAUUGUAUUGAGUGCUUAUGAUUGGACAAGAAAUUACUUUGUUUCAAAACAGAUUUUAUUCACAUUUAUAUUUUCAAUGCCGUGAUAGCAAUAUCUAGUUCACAUUCGUUCCUGCAUUUCCGAGCUCUGUUUACUGGUAGAAUCAAUCAAGGCAGUAUGGAGUUAAUGGCUAUUACCCUCAAAGCCAUAUUUAAUAAUCAAUCAAAACCUUUAAUAUUUAACCACAACUGAAUAAUAAGCUUAAAUCACAUUCGACCAGUAAAGGUGUGGGCAGAAAAAAGUAACCAAGAGGACCGGCAAGGGGAGGAGGAGGGCGUUUUGAACAGGCAGUAAGGUGUGCUGUGCCAAAAUGAGACCGGACACUGUUGUAAUGUAUUAUCACUGCUACGCCCUGAUUCCUGCCUAUGCGCAGUACUCUGAUAAAUUGUAAGAUAUGCUUAUAUGGAUAGUAGAAUUACUGGGACGUACCCUAUUUGGUACAAAGUACAAAAAUCUAUUCAACAGUUAGCCCAAUAGUGGAUAUGACUUAAUCGUAAAAMUAUGCACCACGUGAUAAGACUAAYUGAUAARCUAUAUAAGGCAUAACCACACAAUUCAGUUAAAUUACUGCAUACAUGAAAGAGUUGUUUCGUUACCAAUAGUCAAUAAGUCACAUUGACAUGCAGCAUAUCAAAUUAGAACAAUAAUGUAAGAUACAAAGGCAUUAAAAACAUAAAAAUCCUAUUCGUUCCGAAUAUUUAAUUUUAUUUUAAAAAUGUGUUACACAUAGGGUGUGAAGACCAAGACAUUCGAAUGUGGGGAAGUUGCAAUUGCCGCAGAACAAUAGAAAGUUGCCUGCUUGUUGCGCGCAUUGUUACUUAAUUUGAAAGAAAGCAAAUCGGAGAAUAUCUACAGUGUACWCRAUUGCUGUUGUCUUUCAAUACRAMGUUUUGUAACUAAAUUUUUAGUUAUGUCCUGAGUUACAGGAGUAGUUCGUCAAAAUCAGAAUGUGAAAACAACAAAAAAAACAGUCUAUGAAUAAUGCAUUAUAUAAACACCAAAUUCUUCACUCUCAACAGCACCCUAUCGUAACCCUAAACUUAGAUAUAAAGAAAUGACUAGAACAUUAUUGCCUUUAGAUAUACUCUUGUUAUUGUUCGGAAUGUUGCUUUGAUUACCAAUAAGAACAUUUUAUCUGUAAUUUCAACUAUAUCAUGUUUAAAAAGGUAAAAAAUAAAGGACGUUUCAGUGUA